CUAAAGCAUUCGUUGGGUAGUUAUACGUCGUGACGCUUACUUGCUGGAGCGUCUGUACCGUCGAUCUUUUCCUUCGGGUAUUAUGUUUUCUAGGACUCUUGUAUUUUUACGCUGAAUAUUUAAUGCAAUGGCGCUUUUUACUAUUAGUAGAGCGACUUCCUCUUUCAGUUCCGUUUUUCUAUUGUUCCUGUUCUUUUCUUCAGCGCUGACGUCUCAUAUCAAGAGAUCGAGACAUCAUCGAGAUUCUGAAACAACCCUCUUGCCGGAAACUACACAUAUCAUUUUAUUGGAAACAAAUCCCUGCUUGGUUCACUACUGUCGGAAAGGUAGAGAAUGUGUAGUCAAAGAUGGAGAACCCACCUGCGUGUGUCAAACGAGCUGCCCGCCACACGAGCGACAAGUCUGCGCCACUGAUGGAAGGAUAUACUCGAACCACUGCGAAAUCCACAGAGCGGCUUGCCUCUUCAACACUGUCAUCACUUCUACUCGAUGGUCGUUUUGCGAAAAGAACACAGAAGAACGAUCUCUGGUCACAGAAUCUCCGAUAUAUUUUGAAGAAGUCACAACAACAUCAACAACAACAACUACUUCGAUAAGUUUGAAUGAAAACGCUCAAGACUUAAAUGCGCAACGUCCAGAUUCAAACGAUUUGCCUGAAACAUUCAAGAAUGAUAAUGACACGGUGGAUUCCAAUGUGCCAUCAGUAGCACAUACUGACAAUUAUCUUCCCGAAAACUCAACGGAAGAUUCGGACUACCUGGACAAUGAUAUCAAUGAAGAUUAUGACAAGAAUGAUUUGUAUUCCGACAAAAAAGACUGUACAAUGCAGGAAUAUGAAGUACUUAAGGACAAUUUGUUACUCUACAAUCACGCUAGGUUGAUGUCCCAGAACAAUCAUAGCAAGGACUACUUGGUCUCCAUUAUGUUUUCUCAUUACGACAGAAACAACAAUGGCAACUUGGAAGCCACCGAGCUGAAUGAGAUGUACAUUCAAGAACGACUGGAGACCCUUAGUAGGGGUUGUUCGUUGUCUGAUAUGAUUCUAUACGAUGACACAGACCACGAUGGAAAACUAAGUAUCAACGAGUUUUAUGUGGCGUUCAGCAAACUAUAUAGUGUUUACGUCGUUUCAUUAGACAAAGCUUUGGAGACCAACCAUCUAUCGGCGCGUGUGGGAGACAACGUCGAAAUCAAAUGCGACGUUACUGGAUCACCCGUACCUCCCAUCAUCUGGAGAAGAAACUCCGUCGAUCUGGCUACCCUAAAUAAUGAAGACGUCAGAGUUUUUGGCGACGGCAGCUUAUACUUGACCAGGAUUCAACUGCAGCAUGCUGGAAAUUAUACGUGCCACGCUCAGAGGAAUAAGGACAUCGUUCAAACGCAUAUACUGACAGUGCACACCGUGCCUGAAGUGCAUGUGACGCCCAGAUUGCAGUCCAAAAGACCGUGCGAAGACGCUUACAUGUUGUGCCACGUAGCAGGUGAACCAUUUCCAAAAGUGGAGUGGCUUAAAAAUAAUGAGCCUUUAAAGAUGGAUCGUUCCCGCAAAUAUCAAAUCAUCGGCAAUGGGACGUCACUUCGGAUAAGAAACAUCGAAUUUGCAGAUACAGGGGCAUACAUGUGCCAAGCUACCAGCAUUGGUGGAUUGACUCGCGAUAUCAGUUCAUUGGUUAUACAAGAACAACCAACUACAAGCUCCCCUAACGAAGAGAGACGAUUUUUUGCCUUCCACGAUUGGGGAAUAUCCGUGUACGAACCGUCCACUUGUCGUCUCUAUCACAGGAUACAAUCUACCGAUAUUAUACCAGGGACACAAGAAUACGUGUGUGGCGAUAAGGGUGUCAAAUGUGAAUGGGGAAGAGCCAUCAAUAUAGCCAACCGAUACGUGUACGCCAGCCAGCCUACAAGAGAUCGAGUGAUCAUCAUAUCAAAAGUUCAAAUGGUCGUCGUGGACGUCGUCAGCACGGACAAAUAUCCAGUGGAGCUACACCACAUUCCACAUCUGGACCAAGUCUGGGUAUUAAACUGGAGGUCGGCGAAUAACACUGGCAUUAAGACAAUACAGGUUAUUCGAGACGCUGGUCAGAAAAGAAAACAUCACACCGUCCAUCCUGAGCCGAUCGACGGCCAAUUUGAUUUGGUCGCUGGAUUAUUCAUUCCUUCGUGUAGACAGGAACUGGCUCACUACAGCUUUAAAUACGGCUACGUGACUCAUACUAAUCAGAGGGGAUUGUACAAAUUGGAUCUGGUGAAUCUGCGAUACACCAGUUCGGUGGAUCUUACUCCUUACAACUGCGUGCCGACCCAAGUCAGAUUUUCAUCAUUAUAUGGUAUGGUAAUCAUGCAGUGCAUAGAACCAAUAACUAACAGACCAACAGGACAACUUAUCUUAGACUAUUUGACUGACAGUGUUAUUUCACUCAAACCGAACCUGCCAGGAGAGCCUUAUAUUUCGCCAGAUUCUAGACGACUAGUGACUCUAGACACGACUACCAGUGGGUCUACAUUAAUAGUCCAGGAAAUCACACCAAACGGACUUAUGUUCAGUUUUGACGUUAAAACUACGUUGAAUAUAUCUGACAUAACCUUCUAUCCAAGUCAGACUACACAUAGCUAUGACAUUUACGCAUCAGCUCAAGAUAAAGAAGGGAUCUUAUUCUUAAAUCUUCUAACAGGUAAAGUAGAAAUGAUCACAGGUGUGGGAAGAGCCAUGCCUAUGCAUCUUACGAAGUGGAACAAUCCAAGUAGACCAAUAAGAGCAGCAAGCGGAUUCUGUCAGUACAUGGUGACGCCUGCCAACGAAGCUCUUUUCGUAAUCAACGGCAGAUCCAGAACCGUCAAUUGCGAAAUUGGUGGCGUGGAACAUCCCAGCCAGAUCGUGUGGACAUCCCUUAAGUAUCAUUAGUUAGCAUAAAUCUAAAACAACAAAACGCUUCGUUUCAACCGAUCUGUCAAAAGAGUACUACAAUAUUGUGUCAAAUGCCUUUUCGACGCUAAGAAUAGUCAGUUUUAAUUCCUUAAAAGUAAAAAAUGUUCUUUAUUUUGUUGUCACAAUAAUUAUUCGUCAUUAUGCCUUUAAAGACGUUUUCCUUGGUUCUUAUAGAAGACGAAUGGGUUUUCUUGUACUUAGUUUGACGUACUGUCACUGAGUAUUUAAAGUUUGUCGUUGGAUAUUUAGUGUUUGACAUUUGACAUUUGAAGUAUGACAUUUGAAGUUUGAAAUUUGACGUGUGCCAUUUUAUGUUUGAUGUUUGACAUUUGACGUUUGACUUCGACAUUUGACUUUUGAUGGUAACGAUAUUUAUGACACCAUAAACUCAUCGCAACUACUUCAUAUCAGAUUUCAGACUGUUUUAAUUCUUUUAAUGUUUUGUUUCAAAUUUUGGCAUUUCUUGGCGUUUUGAAAAGGUUUUAGUAAAUAAUAUAAAUAUUUUCUCGAUGAAUGUCUUUCUCGAUUGGCUGCAAAGCUUCAUUCAAAAAUAUAUUAAAAACAUCUUUUUUUCAAAAAAUCUGUAAUUUGUUGUAAUGUCUUGAUAAAUAUAAACCUAUUUUGACAAUAAAAAAACAUACUUUUCAUUGUAAUUAGUAAAAAAUUAAUGUUAGAUGUUUUCCAACUAAGCAUUUUGUUGUUUAUACGAUUUAAUUUAUCAGUCAGGGGGGUUGAGUAUGCUCUUUUAUGUCCCCUGGGUACUUUAACGUUUUUCUUAUGUUUUUUGGUGCGUAGAUUCGAUUUUUCGAGGUUACCAGGCUAAAAGCCGUCAGAUAAUUUGUUAUUAACAAUUUAAUUAGUUAAAUUGUAUCUCCUAAACUAUUAGAGAUAUUUAAUUUUACCAAAAUGAAAAUUGUUUCUUUUGAAAAAAUUAACAAAAUUGCAUUUGGUAAACUUUGAUCCGAUUGCUAGAAUCGGAGUUAUAAUAGUUUAGUGAAAAACAAUUGCACAGUAAAUAUUCUAUGAGGCUUUUCCAAAACUCAAUUUUCAUAUGUGCGAUUAAAUUUGAAAACCUCCUCAUUUUAAAGUAAUUGUUGAAUUAAACAUUAAAAAUUUCACUAAAAGCUUGCGAAUUAACUUUAUAAGCUGUUAUUACUGUAAGCUGUAUAACUGGCUAAUAAAAGUUAUUAUAUAGAACAAUUUAAAAUGAACAUUUUAAGGUUUGGCAAAAGUAAUGGUGCGCGUCGGGUAAUUGUGCGCAUCAGUGUUUCUAAUCUCAUAUUUAAUAAAAUUGUAAAAACUAUAUUGUCGGGCCAUCCAGUAGCAACUGCCAUAUCUAUAUGACACAAACGAACAUCUCGAGAUACUUUACCGGUUAGCAGUUAUCGUUUAUGUUUUCGCGUGGUAUGAUAUUGUUUGUGUGUCUGAGAAAAUAAGCGAUAACUUUUUUUCUUGACAGAAAUAUAGUUUAAAUAGUACUUAUAUCCUUUAUUUAUUUACCAGUUUAAACACUGAUAUAGUUAGUUUUGCUUGAUUCUUUUUUGUUUUUAUCAAAUUUUUUGUUAUGUGGUGAAGUGUAUUGUCAUCGUAUGGCCCGUUUUGCGCAGCAUUAGCGGGCAAAGGCAUUUUUUACGUUUAAUGACUGCAUCAUAAAAAGUAAACAAGCGUUAAACAACCGUCAAAGUAGAGAAAGGGACAAAGAGAAAACCACGAAAUUGAAAAAGGUACAAAAAGGAAAAUUUUUGAACACAACAGCUCCGAAGUUAUUUCAGAAAGUGAACUGUGCCAUGAUGAUGAGUUGGACGAUCUCGUGUCAGAUCAAAAUGACUUCUGUGUAUUGUGGUUAUGAUAGCAAAAAAGACGAGGUAUGGUGCAAGUGUUCGAUAUAUUGUCAAUGGUCUUAUGCCAUGUGUAUACGACAGGAUAGUCCAGAAGGAUAUACUUGAGACUUCUGCAAUACUUAGAAUGCAAUACUUAAAAUCUCUUUUAUCUUUUUCCGUAUAUUUGUUUGUUCCUUUAAUAUUUAUGUUCAAUAAGCUACAUUUUCGAACUUCAUUUUUAAGUUUUAUUAUUGCGCACAGUUAUCCGACAUAUGCGCACCAUUAACCGAAUAGGUCGGGCAAGUGUGCGCAUUACACUAAUUGGAAAUUUCGCCUCUCACUCUUCUACUGUUGAAACAUUCAUUAAAUGGGGUCACUACCAAUAUACCUAAGCCCUUGAAGUAUAUCUUCAAAAAAUUUAGAAACUGAAAUGUUUGAAGUUUGUGAAAUAUCCUGAUUUUGCCUUAGGUGCGCACCAAUAGCCGACUCUCCCCUACCACAGCUUAAAAUAUUCGUUUUGAAUUGUUCUAUAUCUUCCAUUAAACACAUUUUCAAAGUUUGUAGCUUAAUUUUGAUUAAAUCUCUUAUAAACAAAUUGUAAAAAUUUUUAAAGCUGAAAAAAAUAUUACCUUUAAAAUGAGGGGGUCUGGAACGUUCAUAUCAAAGCUGAUUUAUUCUUGAAAAAAAACCUAACGAAUGCCUAUUUUAGAAUUAUUUUUCACGAAAUUUGUUAUAAUUCCGGUUCUAACAGUCGAAUCAAAGUGUACCAAACGCCAUAUUGUUGAUUUUUUCAAAAGAAAAAUUUUCGUUUUGGUAAAAUUAAAUAUCUCUAAUAUUUUAUGAGCUACAAUCAUGUAAACAAUUAAAACGUUAAUACCAAACCCUCUGAAGGGUUUUCAGCGUGGUACCCCGAAAAAAUUUUAUAUGGUAAACUCUCUAUGGCAAAAUUCCAAAUAAAACUCAAUGUAUCCAUGUAAAAGCUGUUGAAUAUUGCAUUGUCAUCGAGUUCUGAGCUAUUCUGAAAAUUUCAGAUGUUUAGCUAGCCGGGUAGUAUGUUUAAAAUCGAUUACAAGAUUUUUCGCGGACAAAGUGACAAAGAGACAGACAAAGAACACGUGAAGUAUAUAAAAACGUGGUAAAAAAUAACGGCCAUCGAGAGGACAUCAAAUCGCAUACUCAAACUCCUUGGCUGCUAGACUAAUCCAGGAAAGCUUGUUUUCGCUCUUAUGCAAAUCAAAAAUUGUGGUACUUUUUGGCCGAUGCCUCACAACUAGUUUUCGAGUUAUUUUGAAAUCUAAAUCCCCGAAAUCGCCCACCAGAUGUAAAAAUAUGACUGUAAAACUUGUUAAUGUACUAUAUCAUUAUAAAUAAAAGAAUACAUAGUGUCCAAAAACUCGUAGAUCAAUAUAAAAAUAUAUUUUAUAAAAAUUGUAGUAAACCAGGUUGCCCAAAAAGACGAUUUAUCAAUAUUUUUGGGAUGAACAAUAUCCGUAAGCAGUCUUAUUUAGAAAUAUGUGAAAAUGCAGUAUGUUUCAGGUAUAAAACAACCACCACUUUUUUUAUUUUAACUUAUAUAUAGUGUCCUCCUCGUUCAACAGAAAAAGAUCUACUAAAAAAAACACUGAAAAUAUUUAAACCUUUUUGGGGAGACCCAGGUCCAGUAGUAGCAACAAAAAAUGAUUACUAAUUACAAGCAGAUUACAAUAUUCGAAAAAAAUAGUAGAGGAUCCGAUAUAAGAUCGAUUUGCACCGAUCUGUUUAAUGGAUAAAAAUUAUUGGAUAUAUAAUUUAGCAUGUUAACAAUAAUUACAAAAAACAAGGUUUGCCCGAUCUAAUCUUGUUCUAACUAUAACACAGGUUUACAAAAAAAAAUUGUGGACUAUUUGACGAAACCAUAUGACUACGGGUUUUGGGGACGCUGAUCACGAAUCCGGGGUCCGUUGAUCUCUAUCACGUCAGGUAAAGGUCAUUUCAAGGUCAAAUCAUGAUAAAUCGACAGUUGCUCUGAAAAAGUAUAUUAGGAGGUUUCUGGGGUCGCUGAUCACGAAUCCGGGGUCCGCUAACCUCUCUCGCGUCUAACCCAAGGUCAUUUUUCAAGGUCAAAUCAAGAUAAAUCGACACAAUAGCUCUGGAAAUUAGAUUAGGGGGUUUUUGGGGUCGCUAAUCACAAAACUUGAGAGUCCGUUGAGCUCUACCACGUCAGGUAAAGGUGGUAAAAAUUGACCCGAGCAGAUAUUAUUUUAGAUUUUUUGGAUCAUUCUAA